CAUACCUUUAUACCAUUUAUACCAUUUAAAGUCUUUAUACCUUUCCUGGCACAUUUUUAUUUAUUUUUUAAAAGACACAUGAAGAAAAAAUCUCAACAAGAGUAUUGUUUGCAUCCACCUACAUUCCUUGCAUCUGGAAGAGAUGGUCUUGGCUUUCCAGUUGAUCUCCUUCGCCUACAUCUGGAUCACAUUGAUGCCAAGUGUUGUUGCUGUUUCUGAUAUCAAGAAGCACCGCCAACAUUGCUCCCCUUCAAUAAAACAAACCAGCAAACAAGAAACUAGAAUGGAGAAUGACAACAGUACCAAAGUGUGGCCCCUGAAGUGUCAGCAACUUCUCCACAUAGAGGGGCAUGAUUUUUCAUUGAGACCAGGAUUUGAAGGGUCUCCAGUGUCAGUAGGUAUAGUUGUCCAGGUUGAAAGUGUUGACAGCAUUUCAGAAGUUGACAUGGAUUUUAUAAUGACUUUUUAUCUCAGACAUUACUAGAAAGACAAGAGGCCCUCCUUUCCUAGCACAACAAACAGAAGCAUGACCUUUGACUAUAGAGUAAUCGAAAAGAUCUGGGUUCCAGACAUCUUUUUUGUCCAUUCUAAAAGAUCCUAUCAUGAUGCUACUAUGGGAACUACCAUGCUGCGAGUUCAUCCUGAUGGCAGUGUCCUCUUCAGUAUCAGUAUAACAGUUUUGGCCAUGUGCUUUAUGGAUUUCAGCAGGUUUCCUCUUGACACUCAAAACUGUUCUCUCAAACUGGAGAGCUAUGCUUACAAUGAGGAGGACCUAAUGCUGUACUGGAAACAUGGGAACAAAUCCUUAAAUACUGAAGAGCACAUCUCCCUUUCUCAGUUCUUCAUUGAGGAGUUCAGUGCAUCCAGUGGAUUAGCUUUCUAUGGCAGCACAGGUUGGUACUAUAGGCUUUUUAUCAACUUUAAGCUACAAAGGCAUAUCUUCUUCUUCGUGCUGCAAACCUGCUUCCCAGCUAUGUUGAUGGUGAUGCUUUUGUGGGUUUCAUUCUGAAUUGGCCAAAGAGCUGUUCCUGCCAAAAUACCUUAUGGAAUCACCAUGGUGCUGACCAUGUCCACAAUCAUCACUGGUGUGAGUGCCUCCAUGCCCCAAGUGUCCUAUGUCAAGGCCAUGGAUGUAUACUUGUGGGUCAGCUCCCUCUUUGUGUUUCUGUCAGUCAUUGAGUAUGCAGCCGUGAAUUACCUCACCACAGUGGAAGAGCAGGAGCAAUUCAAGAAGAAAGGGAAGAUUUCUGGGAUGUACAACAUGGAUGCAGUGCAAGCCAUGGCCUUCGAUGGUUGUUACCACUACAGCAAGUCUGAAAUGGACCAGAAUUCCUUUUCUCUCCACUCUGAAGAGGACUCUAUGAGAGGGAGAUCCGCAGGCAGCCCCAGCACGGAUUCAUCUCAGAUAAAGAGAAGAAAAUCCCUGAGAGGAAUCAUCCUGGCAAACAACCAUGCCACUGAUACCUAUUCUAGAAUUUUAUUUCCCAUUCUGUAUAUAAUCUUUAAUUUGUUUUAUUGGUGUGUACAUGUAUAA